AAAAAAAGAAAAGGGUGCCAAGAAGCAGGGACGAGGGAACGUGGGUGUAAAUAGACAGUGAACGCUCUUGGUCUCUCUCUUUCUCUCUCAUCCUCUCUCUCUCACUCUCCCUCCCCUUUAACUUUCUCUCUGCCUCUUUUAUGAAAUCAAUGAACGAGUUAUUGGUUAGGACAUAAGUAUAAGGAAUCAAAGCCUGCAUCGGGAUCAACGGCAUUGCGCGCAUUGAUAUGCGUCUUCGCCAAACGCUACAUGUGUUUUCACAUCAGUGUAAAUAUUGGCUUUGAUAGGACGAGAGUGGACUCGGCUCUGACACGGCUCGGUCUCGGAACCAACAUUUGAACAAGACUUCCAACAGCUUUUUUUUUCAACGUAAAACGAUUCUCCAACACCACCAUCUGCUGCUGUCCGUACCCCUCCCAACUCACUGGCCGGUCCGAAGAUGACAACUUUAACCAACGGGCAGGUGGACGGCACGGUGCACGGUGUCGGUCUAGUCUCCGCCAGCACGAACGGGCUCGUGAACGGAUUAAGCCACAGCCACAGCCCGCUGGGCUGCCCGGCCACCAUCCCCAUGAAAGACCACGAUGCCAUCAAACUCUUCAUCGGUCAGAUCCCCCGCAACCUGGACGAGAAGGACCUCCGGCCCCUCUUCGAGGAGUUCGGCAAGAUCUACGAACUCACUGUGCUGAAGGACCGCUUCACGGGCAUGCACAAAGGCUGUGCCUUCCUCACCUACUGUGCCAGAGAGUCGGCCCUGAAAGCCCAGAAUGCAUUGCACGAGCAGAAGACCCUGCCAGGGAUGAACAGACCGAUCCAGGUGAAGCCAGCGGACAGCGAGAGUCGAGGAGAAGACAGAAAGCUCUUUGUGGGCAUGCUCAACAAGCAACAGUCAGAAGAUGACGUGCGACGGCUUUUUGAGUCCUUCGGCAGCAUCGAGGAAUGCACCAUCCUCCGAGGUCCUGACGGAAACAGCAAAGGCUGUGCGUUUGUAAAAUACUCCUCUCAUGCUGAAGCUCAGGCAGCCAUCAGUGCACUACACGGCAGCCAGACGAUGCCUGGCGCGUCAUCCAGUCUGGUGGUGAAGUUCGCCGACACGGAUAAGGAGCGCACCAUCCGCCGCAUGCAGCAGAUGGCUGGUCAGAUGGGCAUCUUCAACCCGAUGGCCCUGCAGUUUGGAGCCUACGGAGCCUACGCGCAGGUGCAGCAGCAGGCGGCAUUGAUGGCGUCAGUGGGCCAAGGAGGCUACCUCAGUCCGAUGGCGGCCUUUGCUGCAGCCCAGAUGCAGCACAUGGCCACCAUCAACGGCAUCCCCGGAGCACCGCUCACCCCGACGUCAGGUGGCAGUACUCCUCCGGGCAUCGGUGCCCCCACGGUGACAAGCAUCCCCUCCCCCAUUAGUGUAAACGGCUUCACCGGCAUGCCACCGCAGGCCAAUGGGCAGCCUCCCGCAGAGGCUGUCUUCACCAACGGAAUACACCAUUACCCCGUGUUGCAGGAGGUGGUUUUUAGGGAGGACUCGGAGAAAAGCGGCUUGGGCGUGGCUCCGCGGAGUUGUUUUGGGGUUCAGGGUGGCUGCUUCCUCUCCUCUCUUUCUGAAGCUCAAAGUCCCACCGCAGCUGAUCCUCUCCAGCAGGCUUACACCGGAGUCCAGCAGUACGCAGCAGCCUACCCAGCUGCAUACGGCCAGAUCAGCCAAGCCUUCCCCCACCCUCCACCCAUAAUCCCACAGCAGCAACGAGAAGGACCAGAGGGUUGCAACCUGUUCAUCUACCACCUCCCUCAGGAGUUUGGGGAUGGAGAGCUGAUGCAGAUGUUCCUGCCUUUCGGUAAUGUCAUCUCCUCCAAAGUGUUUGUGGAUCGGGCGACAAACCAAAGUAAAUGCUUUGGAUUUGUGAGCUUCGACAACCCAGGAAGUGCCCAAGCUGCCAUCCAAUCAAUGAACGGCUUCCAGAUCGGCAUGAAAAGACUCAAGGUGCAGCUGAAGAGGCCGAAGGACGCCAACCGCCCCUACUAGCCUCCCGCCCCAGCCAGCCGCCGCCACCAUGGCGGCCGGGGCAGCCGCUGCACACAGGGAAGACAGGUUUUGUUGAGCUGAAUCAUAUGUUGACUUCUUGCUACCGGCCGCUGCGUGCUCAACAUCUGGACCACUGAGGCUGCUUCAGAAACAGAGGAGAGAGA